AUGGCCGAGGCGGGCCGGAGCCCCGCGGAGCCCCCGGGGGAGCCGGUCGGGCAGGUGGCGGCCAAAGCCUCUGAGUCCGAGGCGUCCGCCCCGCCGCGGGCCCUACGCAGGCUGCCGGGGGACCCGAGUCCCCGUGGCCGCUCCCAGAGCGACCUGUCGUCCUGCUCCAGCCGGGGCCGCCCCCUCCGGGUGCACAUCUCCGGCUCAGUUGACGGACUGGACAAAGCUUCCAUAGCCAACUCAGAUGGCCCCGCAGCAGGCUCCCAGACACCUCCCUUCAAGAGGAAAGGGAAGCUCUCCACCAUCGGCAAAAUCUUUAAGCCUUGGAAAUGGAGGAAAAAGAAGACCAGUGACAAAUUCAGAGAAACCUCAGCAGUAUUAGAAAGGAAGAUAUCCACCAGACAAAGUAGAGAGGAGCUGAUAAGAAGGGGAGUUCUUAAGGAAUUGCCUGAUCCAGAUGGAGAUGUAACAGUUAACUUUGAAAAUUCAAACGGGCACAUGAUACCCAUCGGAGAGGAAUCUACCCGAGAGGAAAAUAUAGUAAAAUCUGAAGAAGGUAAUGGCUGUCUAGCUGAAAAAGCACCAACUCUGGAGGAAAAGGCAGAAGAGAAGAAAGAGAACACUGAAAACCACUCUGAAACACCGGCAGCUCCUGCUCCACCUCCUUCAACUCUUCCUAAGCCUAAACCCAAACCUAAGCCCCCCAAAACACCUGUGCCUCCAAAAGGGGCUGCUGCUGGGGCCAGCCCCAAGGGUGACGAAGUGCCUCCUAUUAAAAAAAAUACCAAGGCUUCUGGUAAACAGGCCCCCAUCCCUCCACCCAAGCCAACAAGCCGAAACACGACCCGAGAGGCUGCUGGUUCCUCUCAUUCCAAAAAGACUACGGGCUCCAAAGCAUCAGCGUCACCAUCUACUUCCUCUUCGUCUUUUCUCAAAACUUCAAAGGAGACAGUUUCUAGCAAAACAGGGACGGUGGGAACCACAAGGGGCAAGAAAAAAACUGGCAAGCGGCCCACGCCUCGGCCAUCCUCAGAUGCAACCACUGCUGGUACGUCCGACCUUAAAGGAGAGCCUUUGGAGGCCAAGGUGGAGAGUCUCAAAACUGAGCCAACGGGCCCUGAGACCGAGGAGCCGAGCACAGGCAAAUCCAAGUCUGCGGUCCCUCCACCGCCUGUGAGCCCACCCCCUCCUCCCCCGGCCCCGCUUCUUGUUCUGGAGGAACCGUGCGUUUUUGCCGCAGACACUCCUAUUGUCCUGGUCAGCAAUGGAGCCGACCUGCCCGUCCCCACCUUAGACGCCAGUCAGCUUCUCUGGACUGAAGAGCCGACAAACACAACCACUGUCCACUCAGGCACUGGCUUCAGUGUUAGCAGAGAAAAUGCGAAAUGUUUCACAACCAAAGAUGAGCUGGGAAAGGCAGCAUCUCACCUACUGGCUCCUGGGCUGAUGGGAGAAUCUUCAGAGUCCUUCAGUGCCCCGGAGGAUGAAGGCCAAAGGGAGUACCGGGCCACUGACUCCGACUCUGAUGGGCCUAUCUUGUACACUGACGAUGACGAUGAAGAGGAUGAAGAUGAGGACGGCAGUGGAGACAGUGCUUUGGCAAGUAAAAUCCGACGAAGGGAUACUCUUGCUAUCAAACUGGGCAACAGACCGUCCAAAAAAGAAUUAGAGGACAAGAACAUCUUGCAGCGGACAUCUGAAGAAGAGAGGCAGGAAAUCCGACAGCAAAUUGGAACCAAGCUAGUCAGGAGACUGAGCCAGAGGCCCACAACUGAAGAAUUAGAGCAAAGAAACAUCCUAAAACAAAAGAAUGAAGAGGAAGAACAAGAAGCAAAAAUGGAACUUAAACGCAGACUCAGCAGAAAGCUCAGCCUGAGACCCACAGUGGCAGAGCUGCAAGCUCGAAGGAUCCUGCGGUUUAACGAGUAUGUAGAAGUCACCGAUUCUCCCGACUACGAUCGCAGGGCAGACAAGCCCUGGGCCAGGUUGACACCUGCAGACAAGGCAGCAAUACGGAAAGAACUAAAUGAAUUUAAAAGCACAGAAAUGGAAGUGCACGAAGAGAGUCGGCAGUUUACAAGGUUUCAUCGUCCGUAAUGAGGUGCGAGACUCUUUGGAAACAUAGACGGAUCAUCUUUGGGGGAAGCCGCGCUUCCUAAACACCUGAUUAUUGCAUUGCACUGGGAUUUGACUGCGUCUGUUUCCAUUUAACUUGUGGUGAAGGAAGCGUGUGGAAAGUGCUCCCCACCUGUACAGCCCAGAUGUGGCCAACAAGCAAAGGGUCGGGUAUAGUGACCCUGCUGUGCAGCAGGGGCACUGAUGGUAAGGGACACAAUGGUUGCACCAGUUAUUCUUCAUCAGGGGUUUUAAUCAAAGAAGAUGAGCAGAAGACAAUCGCUGGCUCCCUGUUACCAGAAAGCCAAAUUUUAGAGUGCAGGUUAAA